UUCCCUGUAGCUUGGCGGGUGGACGCGGUUUCUUCCUAUUCCGCCUCUGGCAGAGGCACACACUGUUCUCCGCUCCUUUGCACCGCAGGCGCCUAGCUCCCGGGCAGCUGCUCCGGUCCGCUCGCCUCCACCCGCAACAGAUCCAUGGCGGAACGUGGGGAACUCGAUCUGACCGGCGCCAAACAGAACACCGGAGUGUGGCUGGUCAAGGUUCCUAAAUAUUUGUCACAGCAAUGGGCUAAAGCUCCUGGAAGAGGUGAAGUUGGGAAACUGCGGAUUGCCAAGAGUCAAGGAAGGACUGAGGUGUCAUUUACUUUGAAUGAGGAUCUUGCAAAUAUUCACGACAUUGGUGGAAAACCAGCAUCAGUCAGCACUCCUAGAGAACAUCCAUUUGUCUUACAAAGUGUUGGAGGACAGACAUUAACAGUCUUUACUGAGAGCUCAUCAGACAAACUUUCAUUGGAAGGAAUAGUGGUACAAAGAGCUGAAUGCCGACCUGCGGCCAGUGAAAACUACAUGAGAUUAAAAAGAUUGCAAAUAGAAGAAUCUUCCAAACCUGUAAGGCUAUCACAACAACUGGACAAAGUUGUGACAACCAAUUAUAAACCUGUUGCUAAUCAUCAGUAUAAUAUUGAAUAUGAAAGGAAAAAGAAAGAAGAUGGAAAACGGGCUCGAGCUGAUAAACAACACGUUUUGGACAUGCUAUUUUCGGCAUUUGAGAAACAUCAGUAUUAUAAUCUUAAGGACUUGGUGGACAUCACAAAACAGCCUGUGGGGUACCUAAAGGAAAUCUUGAAAGAAAUUGGCGUUCAGAAUGUAAAAGGGACCCACAAAAACACAUGGGAGCUGAAGCCAGAGUAUAGACAUUAUCAAGGAGAAGAGAAGAGUGAUUAAGAAGACUUGGCCAGCAUGCCGGCAGAACAACUAAAGGGCGGUGCGCUGAGGAAGCACUGCCAAGACUCAGAUACUUGAGUACCGUCUGUUGUAGGGGUGAAAUGACUGGAACUUUAAUUUCCCUAGGUAAAUUUUUUAAACAGUAAUUCUUGUAAAGUUACUCAAGGUGUUUUUGUUUUUUGUUUUUUGUUUUUUUUUUUUUGAGGAAAAAAAUUUAUUUAUAGGCUUGUAUUAAACCUAGAUUAUUCAGAAGGGGGUGAGGGGCUGGGGAGGUUAAGAAGGUUUUUCGUUUUAAAUAUUGACUUUUAAAAUGUCAAACUAGGAAAUGUUUUCUAGAUGAGGACUCUGUCCUUGUUUUCUCUGAGGAUCUGAGGUGAUACAAAGCGGAAGUGAAUGGCAAAACCAGAAAAAAGCGGUCAACUACAGAAAGACUUAAAGGGAAUAAAAAACCAAAGUUCCUUAUUCUGAAAUUGUCAAAGAACAAAGUUCUCUUUAUUUAUUUAUUUUUACAGGAGAUCAUGCUUCAUAUUCACACCCAUUAAUAAAGAAGAGGGCAUUUAUGUUUGUACCUAA